UUCCUGAACUCAAUCCAUGUCAGGUAACUUCUUACAUGUAUCUGACCAAACUUAAACAUGAUAACUUUUUCCACAUUCCUCUAACCCCAAAACAAGCAUAAAACCAACUCCACUUUCUAAUUUAGGAGAUGCAUGGAUGAGAGGAUCUCUACCCUAUGCUUCCCAUCUUAGUACUUCAUGCUCAUCUUCUUGCUCUUUUUUUAAUAUUGAAAUCUGGUCUCUGAUAAAGUACAGCUAAUUGUUCUCAUGAUUUCGAAUCAGUAUUUAUUUAAACAAAUUGGAUGUCAUUCCUAUCUUUGUUCUUACAGCAAGAUGCAUUUUUAUUUUCUUUUAUUGCAUGCUCUUAUUUUCUGCUUGUGUGGUUGUCAUGAAAAGCGGGAUGCUGCCACUGCUCCAAAUGUUGGGGAUCGUGUUCUGUAUGUUAUUAUUAAAGCUGCAAAAGGUGCCAAGGCUUAUGAAAGGUCGGAGGAUCCUAUCUUCGUGCUAGAGAAUAACAUUCCAAUUGAUUCCCAUUACUAUCUCGAAAAUCAAAUUAGCAAGCCGCUUUUGAGAAUAUUUGAUCCCAUUCUGAAGAAUGCGGAAAAGGAACUUCUCCAUGGCAGCCACACAAGAUCAGUUUCCAUUUCAAUUCCUUCAAACAGCGGUAUCAUGAAAUUUGCUAAGAAACAACUUUGUUGCAUUGGCUGCAAAGCUCUAAUCAGAAAGACCCUUCAGCCUGUUAUUGCCGAGUUUUCUGGGAAGUCUAACUUACCACAUGCGAGCGCGAUAGCUCAAGAGUUCCGGCAGCAUGAUCCCCCGAGGUUUAUCAGUGAUCCUGACCCUUCUGUCGCUGAGGCUUGGCGCACUGAGAUCCAGAGGGCGAUCGAGUUUGAGACCCUGGUUCAGGGAGAUUUGACCAUAUCUCAGUAUGAGGCCCGUUUCUUGGCUUUGUCUAUAUUUGCUCCUCACCUCGCCAGCGAUAAGAAGAUGAGGGCCCGUCGUUUUGUGACUGGUUUGCAUCCUGCCCUUCACAGCCGUGUAGUAGGGCAUUGCUUGGAGACGUUUGACGAGGUUGUGCAUCGGGCACUAGUUUAUAAAGAGGACUGGGCUAUGACCUAG